GUCGCUGUGGCAGUGGCAGGACUACACGAUCAUGCACGUUGGAAGAGUUAUCGUUGGGGCAUUCCUAUGGAUAUCAUCUACAGUCCUCGCCGAGUGUCCUAGCUGUGCCUACCAGUCCGUGUCGUGUGGCAACUCCGCGUCCAUCGUCCCAGUGUGCGACGCUCAAGGGUUGAUUCAGUCCGACGAUCUUUUCUGCGACGAUUUGGAUUGCUCCUGUGCUGACGGGUUUGUGUGUGCGUCGUUGCGACUUGGUUGUCCAGGCGUGGUUCAAGGUGGCGGUCGAGCGCGAUGUCUGUCUCUAGCGGGGAUGCAAACUCGCUACGAUGCCUAUCGCGACGCCGUGUUGCCACCUGGGCCUGCCACGUACCCCCACUUGAACCUGUCGUGGGUUCGUUUCCAUAACCAAGACGACUGCACCUCGUCCGACGACUGCUUGGCCAUGCAACAAUUCCACGCGUGCGGGGCAGUGCUUUGUGGCAGCGCAGUGGUCAUGUGGAAGGACAUGAAUGAAUGGGACGAACAUGCGUAUCGGGUUGUGGUCGAAGGCACGCUCACGGAUCGGUCAGCAGGGGUGUUCGACAUGGUUGCUCGGUGGGAUCCAGCGCUUCGCCAGUUGAGCUGCGACAGCGUCACCACGACCCCCCUCGCCAAGCGCUAUACCAGGCAAACGCGCACCAACCCUGACGACUGUGUUGGUCAGUACGUCGACUUUUCUCCUCCCGUGACGUUUGCCGAAGCGGCGCUGGACUCUGCGCGCCGUACGACCUGGAUCACUUGGAUUGCGAUAGUCAGCGCCAUGGCCACUGCGAUCGCAGCGAUUACCGCCGUCAUUUACAUGACGAGAUCUCGACAGAGUUGUACGACGCACAAGACCCCCAAUCAGCCCAUAUCGGCCAUCGUCACGGCAAAACCAUCCGCAUUGUGUUAAUAAGUUUGAGCUUUUACAAGUGGGGAACGUAUGAUGGCAGGUUCGUCGUCUCGCCGCCAAGUUGUUAGUCGCUUGUGCACGACGUUUAACAGCACCUACCGGUAGUAAUACAAGAGUUAGUACAUACGGCCG